AUGGCCGAUAACCCAAACAACCCGCCACCCGCGGAAGAACCACACACUCCGAUACGGAGCUUCAAUUUGAUGCAAGUACGGGAGGAUUCACAGGUGCAAGAAGAUAUCGAAGCUGCCUCGACCGCAGUGGGGCAGGAAGGGGCUGAACUGCGUGACGAAGAUGAAGAGUUGGAUAGAGUUGACGAGAGCGAGAAACCAAGGUUCAUAUUCUCCGUGGACGCUUUCGCUCGGAAGGCCUGGCUUGAGAAAUGGAAGAUAUCUGUCGGCCAUCUUCAGAGAGUCGACUCCGUGGACCAAUGCAAAGCUCUGCCGGAUUGCACUGGUAUCGUCGGCCAUCUCAAGGAUAUCGUUGAUCCCACGGCGGAGGCCAGCAAAAGCGCAGUCUUGAACAGAGCCGUAUCCAUGAAGCUACACAAGUCUGGUGGCUGCAGCGGUAUUUGGGAUAUUGAUUUUGACUUACUCCUGAAGGCCACCUCCGUGCAAACCAACAACGCAUGCAACGACUUCCCACUUGACUUGGUGUCCGGGCUCCACAUUUCCAAGCUUAUUCUCUCCAUGAUCGAAGCAUGGGAGCAACUAAGGGAAACUGAUCACGGGCUGAGUCGUGAAGAGGUAUGCGACAUCGAGAAGGCCAUCAAACUGGUAUCAUCGAGUUAUCCAGCACGCCUUCGGAACGGCUCGAGGUUUGAUGCUCCCAAAAGCCUACGAGGCCUGAAACCGAAGGAUGCUUUCGAUUUGGUCCUCCUGGCUCAGUCGAUGGCCAGCGGUUCAAGAGAGGCUAAUGUGAUACCAAAGACGGCUGCCCAGACGCUGAAUGGCUUCGUGGAGAUCUUCGAUAAGCUGCCGAGAGAGCAACGCAACGUCACUAGUCUCCUAGAGACGUUCAAGCGUCUCACCGGUAACUUCGGCGUUGACAAGACUAACAUUCAGUAUCUGAAGGCCAUACUAGAUCCAUCGAAGGGACACGUUAGCAGGCGAGCUCUGGACGAGAUCCUCGUGCACGAAUCGCGGCUCAAGCUAUUCGAGAAGAAGAGCAAUUUGCUAUCGACCUCUUUCUCAUGGCCUGUUCUGGGUGUGAUUUUCCGCCACAACUGGUUCAGGAGUCUCAAUAGCAAGGAGUUUGACUUGAACCAGAAAGGUGUCGGUAUGAUAACCUACGUUAACAGCUUCUUCGAGCCGGGAAACCCUGCGGGAAUGGAUGGCCAUCGUAUGAUAGGAGAAGAGUCCCUUUUGAGGGAUGAUGACGGAAGGCCCUACGAUCAUGACAGCCUGAGGGAAGAGAUGCUGAGCGUGCUAGUGGAGGCCAUCGCAAAGUCCAGCUCUACAAGGAGUAGCCGCCAACAGAAGAUGGUUAACCGCCGAGAUGUCCUUCAAAUGAAGUUCACUGUCGUGGUCUGGUACAUCUUCAAAGCUCACCCGUCUUACUACGAGGCCGUGGAGAAAAUUCCCUCUGCGAGUGCCAUCAGUCUUCAUCGCUCUUACUUUUCUAGAGCGUCGGCUGUCGAUGUAGUCUUCAGUACUUUCGCUCCUUCUUUCGCCGAAGGCCUCCAGUGCGAUGCUUGUAACAGUCCAACCUUUGAAGGGCUGAAUCCUAGCGAGGUGAUGAUGGCGCCAAAAACUGUCAUGAGGGCUAUAGCUACUUUGAAAGAUGAAGAGCAGCGUAAAAAGGAGAAACUUCAAGAAGAAGAGGAAGAUGCUCAGCGGAAAAUCAAAAUGGCCAAGAUCGAGGAAGCCGAGCGGCAGCGUCAGGCAGCGGACAAGGAGCUGGAGAAGAUGCGCUUGGAGCAAACCAAUCUCAAUCUCAGUAGGUUUGCUCUCAUACAGAAGCAAGCCGUCAGGUUAGCCACCGAGGCUUUACGCGAGAGUCAGAAGAAGUGUAUGGCCUACAAGUCCCAAGUCGAGAGUGAUCUCACGGACGCGUCAAAUGAGAUGCUUGACACCAAAGUGUUGAUCUUGGACUACACCGGUUCUAACGCAACACACAACGAAGGCCCUACAGCGUCUACGAAUGUCUCUCUACAAGCGAGCUCUGCUAGCACGCCUAUGACGUUACUGAGCGGCGGCUGGGUACAGAAGGCCGCACCGUUCAUGAGAGCCGUGCUACAAGGAAGGCCACCUGAUGUCAUCUAUAUCGACCUAGUCGACGACCGCUUCGGCAAUGGUCCCGAACAUGCUCGGUGCACAAUCCCGUGCCGCGAUAGGAACGAGUCGGAGAUGGUGGAGUAUUUCGUUCGUGAAGUUCUUGAACAAACGGGCGCUGCUAACCCGCAGAAGACUACUAUUCUUCUCCGCGUGCAGAUGUCAGAGCAAGGCGGUGGCCUCCAGAUGUCGAGCGGCAUCAAUAUACUUGGGUCCUUUGCUUCGAAGAAGGUGCGCGAGAAUGAGAUUCCGGUUGUAUCAUCUAAUUCUGAAGUUGUGGUGGGUAGUGCUCCUCCCUCUCCAACUCCAUCAUCUGAUGCCGACGACGCGGGAAAUGCUGUUGGUCUCGACUCCGCCUCGGAAGAGGAUGACGAGGUCUCGCUUGGCAAACGAGUGGUUUACAGACGUCGGCCAUACUGGAAUAUUGGUUCCGUCGAGCUCUCCCUGAAGGAACAGUAUGAAACGGCCUGCCGAGAGCGCGAGGCCAAGCACAAGCGCAAGAGUAGAGCUUCCACAGGCUCACGUCGGUCAUCUGUCCCGUCAUCCCGGGUGAUCAAGCUACCCGGACUUAUGCAGGAGACCAUCUUCGUGAUCGAGCGCACUGUAAAGCCCCCAGAAGGGACUAGGAAACCUAUCGAGAGCAGCAUUAGGCGAGCUUUCAGAGAACGCUACUACCGUGCUGAUGAGCAAAAAGCGGUGAUCGUGGCCGAGAAAGUUGAUGCGUUGUCUAAGAGAACCUCCGAUCUCUCGGUUGAAACUCUCACGGAUCUGUUCACUACAGCAGGUCUGCAGAAGGAUGGAACAGCCAUAAUUAUGGCUCCGGGAAGUUGCAAUUGCAAUUCCAUCCUGUCAGCCAUCGGUUGCAUCGGUGCCAGAGUUGUCCUGCCUAUGAAGCUGAGUAGCUUAGCCGACUACCCGCAGCUACACGACAAACUUUUCGCUAGCAUCCGCCAAGGUAUCCGGGACAGGAAUUUCACGCCGUGCCAGAAGAUGCCCAUUCGCCCGGUUAGCGAAGCUCUCAGCUACGUGCUGGGAGCUAAGCGUCAGCAGAUUCGGCUCUGUGAAGAUCGUGAAAUGACUGCCGAGGAGGAGGCCAACUUCGAAUGCAACGUUCUGGAUGUUAGCAGAAUCAUCGCUCCAAUAAACUACGUUACGGAGUAUCAUUUUCCAGUGUGGCGAGAGGAUCCUCUGGAAGCUGUGAAUACGAAGCUCAGAAACAUCACCACUGAUGAUUCUGUCCGUACCGGCACCAUUGAUAUGUUCAGGCAGAAUGUCGAGUGCGGAAAACGUGGCCAGGGCACUUGGCUGCAGUGCAGGGGGACAUUCGAAGUCGGACAGGAGAUAUUUAGGUUUGACGGUAUCACUCACUGUUGCACUCGGACCUCCAGUGUCGUAGAGCUGAUUGCAGCCAAGUGCGGUCUGCAGAUUGCUGAAGUCUGCAACCCUCUACCCGUUGCCAUCGAACCUACUGCUUCUGAACGUCCUUCUGGCGAGCCGCGGAGAGUAACGAGCUUCAAAACACGCGAGGGAUUUCCGCCAGACUCGUGGAACAUCGUUGAAGUGAAGUUCUUUAUGCCUACCAAGAGCAGUGAGCCAGACUGGGUCCGAGCUACUGAAUCUCUUGGAGGUCUGCAGGACACCGGUAAGACCACUGCGAACGACAAGAGUCACGAGAGCAGUCCAGGAGGUUCUUCGGAAGAUAUAUCCACCCCGGGGACUCCGAUGAAGCGAGAACGUGUUGACGAGUUCGAGUGUGGCCAACUGUUCCUGGCGGGAACCAGCGAAGACUUCGAGGGUCACCUAUUAUUCAAGACAAAAACUGACUACAGCUUUGCUGGCCACAUGACACGUGCCUUCAGUGAGAGUCCGGUACGAAUUGAGGUCGAUCUUAACCGUUCGAGUUACAUUCGAGUGGUCGCCAACAUGAAGCUGUACAAGGGGGACCUGAUCUGGGUGUGUCGCACUCUACGCCCAAGUUGUGGCAGAGACGCUAGCGAUUCGGACACCAGUGCUGUUUCUACCCCAGCAUACCCUACACGAAGGAAGAACUCUGUCAAGCGCAAGAUAUCUGACAGAUCUGCCGCCACCUCAAGAAGCUCUGAUAGAAAACGCAAAACGGUAGAAGGUCGUGACGGGAAGUCCAGCGUGGUCAAAAAUAAGGCCAACCGAAAGCUCAAUCUAUCUAACGUAGAAGUGAAGGCUGCUCGGCGAUCUGUAGGAGAGGGUAACAGAACUAAGGUCACUCCGUUGAAGGCCAGUCUUGAUGUAACGAAGAUGGGACCAGUUGUCGAUAUGAAUCUGUCGGCUAAGAAGCGAGCUAGAGCAUCGAGCAAGAAGGCCGUCGAUCACCCUCCAGCAGCCGCGAAGCCAGAAACAAAGGUUGGUGAUGGUAUAUCUAAGAAGGGGAAGAAUGUCAACCCCUUAGGCCAUUAUACUACCAGCAAGGAGGGCGAAGUAAUCGGCCGUGGUGAACUUACCGUUGAUGAUGGUGGAGCCAGCACGAGCAUACCAUCGAGGAAGCAGAAGAGACCAAGGUCCGCAGAGGACGACCAUAUCCCCCGGGAGCUUGAGGGUUUCAUGGUUGGUGACGACGAGGUGGAAGAGGUCGAUCUCGACGAAGACGAGUCCGAUGGGGAUUAUAGCACGUCAGAGUCUGAUGACUGAGUACUUCAAGUACGUCAUAUUGACGGUCUCUGAGUGCUCAGAGCAUUUUGCUCCUACAAAAGCCAUGAGUCUAGUCUCUAGAGUCUAGUGCUACGGCUUUCCUAUUUCUAGGCUUUAUUUCGCCUUAGCGGCACUUACGCUCAUUAUUUUGCACGUUACUCGAGUCGAGUAUGAAGGCCACCGUGGAAUAGGGUUCCGUGCCUCUAACCGUGAUGUAGCACGGCCGAGUCCGGCUAACCUUUGAGGAAUAUAACUGGAUCUUUGGAUACGGUGCACCACUUUUUGCUAUUUUCGCUUCCUGAGAAGCACAUGAUUAAGUAAUGGUAUACACAUCUUGCUAUGAGGCGUGUGGCGUUGAUCUGCGACUCUUAAGCGGUCUAUGUACGUCGGUGAUGUUGCGUCGCAUUUCUGAGGUUUACAUGCUCGUAAUGCAUAGAUCAUCUGAAGCUGCUCCAUCAGUUAUCUCCA